GUUUAAGGUGAAAUCUGUUCUUAUCUGAUCGUGUUGCAAUGCCUGCUAUUGAAUUUGUCGCAGGGUGGAUUUCAGGUACCAUUGGUAUUGUAGUUGGACACCCUAUUGACACAGUUAAGGUACGCCUGCAAACACAGUCCCAAUACCGUGGAAUUCUGGACUGCAUAUUGAAAACGUAUGGAAGAGAGACAAUAUUUGGUUUUUUUAAAGGAAUGAGUUUCCCUGUUGGAAUGGUGGCGAUCAGCAAUUCUUUAAUGUUUGGAUCAUAUAGCAAUGCACUGCUCUACCUAAGUGGCAAACAUUUUGAAGAUCGAGCAAAUCCAAAACAUAAUCUCCACAUUUUUAUGGCUGGCUGCUUUGCUGGAGGAGUACAAGUUAUAUUUACUGCUCCAGUUGACCUCAUCAAAGUUAGACUACAGAAUCAGACCGAAUCAUUUAAGAGCCAUGGGAAAACACUCCAUGUGAAGUCUUUAUACAAAGGUCCUUUUCAUUGCGCUGCCUGCAUCCUCAGGAAAGAAGGCGUUGCUGGACUUUACAGGGGUUCUAUUGCUUUGACUUUACGGGAUGUGCCAACCACUGGACUAUAUUUCCUUGCUUAUGAGGUUCUCUGUAAGUGGAUGACCAACGACGGAGCGGUACCAGGUACAUGGGCAAUGCUAUUUGCUGGUGGCUGUGCAGGGACUGUAGGGUGGGCUGCUGCAAACCCCAUGGAUGUAAUAAAAUCUCGCAUGCAGAUGGAUGGGAUCAAUGGCAGUAAAUAUCGAGGGAUUUUGGACUGUUUUGUAAAAAGUGUUCAAGAGGAAGGAGCAAACGUCCUCUUGAAAGGUCUUACUAUUAACAGCCUCAGAGCCUUUCCUGUUAAUGCAGUAACAUUCUUAAGCUAUGAGUUACUUCUUCAGACAUUGAGGUGAACUUUGAUUCAGUGGUGAACCCCCCCAAAAUGACUGCAUUAGUUUAAAUAAUGGUCUAUAUACCUCCGUGUGAACCUCUUUAGGAGCUGUGGGAACAACCAACCUACAAAUGCACUGUGAAUUUCAGUUUGCACAACUUCCUUCUGCAUU